AAUUAAAAUAGUAUACUGAUUUCAUAAAAGAAUCGGAAUAAAAAAAGGGAAAGAAAUCCAUAAAGGAAAAAGAAAAUGGCGGAAAAAGGAGAAAAAAGAAAAAGCGAUCCAUUUAACGGCGUUAACUCGACCAUGCUUUCCCGUCAUAUAUCCGACUUCCGCAGCCCUUCCCCCCAAUUUUCACUGCCCUUUAUCUCUCCUCUCUCUCUCUCUCUCUACUUUCAGUUCUCUACACAAAUCUCUAAUCUAAUUCUCAAAACCACCCAAAACCACCAAAUCGCCACCGCAUCCGAACCCUAGCGCAACACCGUCACCACCAUGAAAUCCCACUUAUAUCUCCCAUAAACCUCAUAACCCCAAAUUAGUGUUCCAAUCAAACCUCAAAACACACACACACAAAGUGAGGAAGAAAUUCAUCCGCAGCCAUGGCGAUUUCCUCAACUUCCUCCCCACUGGUCCCCGCCCUAAUCCUCCUCCUCUCCCUACCGGUCCUCUUCUUCUUCCUCGCACCUCGAAUCCUGCCGCCGCGCCAAAUCUCCAUCUCCCUCCCCGACGAGCUCGACGACCUCUCCCUUUUCCACAAGGCCAUCGCCAUGGACUCCGCCAAUUUCUCCCGCCGCCCCGUCCGCCUCCCCGCCGCCAAAUCGCACCUCUCCGCCGGUCUCCGCCGCCCCAAAAUCGCAUUCCUUUUUCUCACCAACUCGAACCUCCACUUCGCCCCCCUCUGGGAGCGCUUCUUCUCCAAUGCCACACUCAAGCACUACAACAUCUACAUCCACGCUGACCCCUUCGUCAAAAUCGCCCCCUUCGAAGGCGUCUUCAAGGACAGGCUCAUCCCCUCGAAGCGAACCCAGCGAUCCUCGCCGACUCUCAUCUCCGCCGCGCGCCGCCUCCUCGCGACGGCGAUGCUCGACGACCCGUCCAACGCCUACUUCGCCCUGAUCUCGCAGCACUGCAUCCCGCUCCACUCGUUCAACUACCUAUACAAUUUCCUCUUCGAUCUGGGCAGGUUGUCGCGGAACUUGGAGUUCUCGAGCUACAUUGAGAUUCUCGACAGUGAAUCGACUCUAUGGGAUCGGUACAACGCUAGGGGCCCGAAUGUGAUGCUACCCGAGGUCAAUUUCGAUCAAUUCCGCGUCGGAUCACAGUUUUUCGUGCUCACGCGAAGGCACGCGUUGAUGGUGAUUAAGGACAGGCAGCUUUGGCGGAAAUUCAAACUGCCUUGCUUAAAUGUGGAGUCCUGUUAUCCAGAAGAGCACUAUUUCCCCACACUUUUGUCGAUGCAGGAUCCCAAUGGCUGCAGCCACUAUACACUGACUAGGGUUAAUUGGACUGAUAGUGUCAAUGGCCAUCCGCACACUUAUCACCCUCCCGAGUUGUCACCCGAGCUCAUUUACAGGCUUAGGGAGUCAAAUUCGAGCUAUUCGCAUAUGUUCGCGAGGAAAUUCUCACCCGAUUGCUUGAAGCCUCUGAUGGAAAUGGCGGACGAGGCUAUCUUUAAGGACUAAUCAUUUUGCCAUCGAAGAAGGAACAUUGAAGGCAAAUUUUGAGAGUCUUUUGGAAGGAAAGGAUGUUGAAACCUGAGCGGGAUUAGGUUCUUUAAGUGGCUGGUAAAAAUAAAUGCCCUAAACCUAAGUAACCCCAUGGUUUUCCAUCUCAAGCAAUUUUAAGUGUCAUUUAAAUGUGUAGGACUGCAAACUAUGUUUAUUGUGGUGUAAUUUGGUGGUGUGAUGCUUUCUCAAUGGUGGUUCAAUAGGGCUUUGUACACAUCCCACAAUAGAUAGAGUGGUUGGAAUUGUGAUUGGGACUUUUGGUCCCUUUUGUUUAUAGUUGUAAAUAUGUAUGAAUGGUAUGGAUGGCCAAGUUUGAGAAAAAAGGAACAAUUCUUGGCUCAACAUAAUGAAGCAAUGCCUAUUUCAUUUCCCUUCA